UACUCUAGUGUGUUUAAGUUCUGAUCUAGCUACAUUUAACAAUGGCAACUAGUACUAGAAGUAGAGUACUCGAAAUAGUUUCGAUGCUCUUUGUGGUGAUCAUGAUCAUGUUCACCAAAAUUGGGGAUGUAUCAGCUGAUGCUGGUGCUUGCCCAAAAUGUGGUAGCCUAGAAGUUCCAUACCCUUUUAGCACUGAUGCUAGUUGUGGAGACCCAAGAUACAAAAUCUACUGCAACAAUGCCAAUGAACUUCAGUUCAUGUCAGCUAAAGGGUUUAAAUACAAGAUCCUCAGCUUCGACUUGAGUGUCAACAAGCUCAUUAUACUCCCACCUGAUUUGUUAGUAUUGAAUGAUAACACUCCCACAUGUUAUUCUUCAGAUUUCUCAUCACAAGGCUUAACACUCGAUGAGCAAUUGCCCUUCAACAUUUCUACUCGUAACACUGUGAUGCUGUUCAAUUGCUCGGAUAAUCUUCUUCGCUCGCCUCUAAAUUGUUCCUCAAGCAGCUUUUGUAGGCAGUUUGAGGAUAAGAUAGAGGCAUGCAGAGGUACCCUUUGCUGCCAUUUCUUGAAGGAUUCUCGCAUGACUUCAUAUAUGAUCAGGGUCAGGCUUGGAACCUGA